ACAUUGCUUAAAUGUUUCCAUUUCUAAUCAUUAAGUGCAUUUGUUAUUAUUUUGCAAGUAGGAGUUUCUUGCAAUUUUUCGAUUUUCUACUAAACAAAGAAAACUCCAAAUGCCGAUUAUGUAUAACACGGGCGAUUGGUUCGUCCUACGCCCGGAUACGUAUAGAAAAUUGGACCUUUUUACUCCCGACUGGCCACUGGAUGUGGACUUGGAGUACAUGAAAGUUGUGGGCGCACCGUUUGGUGGACCAUUAGCCGUGAUGCGAGAUCCAAAGCAAAUUAUACCAGUUAAAGGUAGUGUCAAACCCACGAUACGCAUAUUCGACACAGCCGGUCUGGAGUUGGGCAAAAUCAUGUGGAACCACGGCAAACUAAUUAAUAUGGGCUGGUCAGAUAUGGAGGAGCUUAUUUGUGUCCAAGAUGAUGCAUUAGUAUUUAUUUAUGACAUGUUUGGCAACGAAAAGGACUCAUACAGUAUGGGCCAAGAGGCUAGUUUAACCAAGAUUGUGGAUGCUAAAAUAUUUCAAUCCACUUCCGGUACCGGCAUAGCCGUGCUUACAACAACCGGACGCAUAUUCUUGAAACUCAAUAACGCGAAAGACGUUCGUACACGACAGCUUCCAGAAAUUCCAAAAUCCGUGUCAGAAUGCACUUGUUGGGAAAUAAUCACAGAAGAACGAAACACAUAUUGUUUGUUGGGUCGUGAUCAAGAAAUUAUUAAAUUAUUCCCUGGCGAGUCCGUGGGCACGAUUAAACGAAAUCUCUUUGACCGACCUUUCGAACGCAUACUACUCAUGUCAGUGUCUUACAAUCAUCAAAAUCUAGCGUUGUAUACAAAUAAUGGGCUCCUAUGGCUAGGCUCAGUAGAUAUGAAUAAAAAAUAUUGUGAAUUUGACACAGGAAGAAAAGAUAUUCCACGGCAAAUUGAAUGGGUUAUGAGCUCUGAGAACCAUCAGGCUGAUGCUGUAGUCAUAUCCUAUCCUUCAUUCCUAUUAGUUGUUAACCGCAAUGGCGAUAAAAAUCUGUUCACCUAUGAUCCAGCAAUUUUUCUCGUGGCCGAAAUGGAUGGUGUACGAAUUAUAACUAACAACGCACAUGAAAUGAUUCAAAAGUUGCCGAAGUGUGUACAAAAUAUAUUUGCGGUAAACAGCCAAGAACCUUCCAGCUUUUUAUUUGAGGCACAAAAGAAAUACCAGGAAAAAUCACACCAAGCUGAUGAAUAUUUGAGUUUGUUUCGCAACAAAAUGGACAUAGCAGUCGACGAAUGCAUCGAAGCAGCAGGUUAUGAAUUCUGCACGGAGACACAAAAGAGCCUGUUACGUACUGCGUACUUUGGCAAAGGUUUCAUUCCUUCACACAAUCCUGAUGAAUACAUGCGGAUACUCAGAAUACUACGCGUGCUUAAUGCUUUACGUCAUGAAAAAAUUGCAAUGCCAUUGACUUAUAAACAAUUUUGUCAUCUGAAACCGGAAGUUGUGCUAGGCCGCCUAGUCUUUCGGAAACAUUAUGCCAUUGCAAUACAGGUAGCAAAACACCUGAAAUUACCAGAGUCGUGGAUUUUAGAACACUGGGCUUACCACAAAGUUGUAAAUGACAAAAACGAUAAUGAGGUUGCGCGAAAAAUUACCGAAAAAUUCAAAAAUCCUUCAGUGCAAGGGAUCUCUUUUUGUAACAUCGCUGAAAAGGCGCAUGAUGUGGGACGCGAUGAACUUGCUAUAAAACUGCUUGAACUGGAACCUCGCGCAUCAUUGCAAGUGCCGCUAUUGCUAAAAUUGGGCAAGUAUGACCGCGCCAUUAGAAGUGCCACGCAAUCUGGGGAUACGGAGCUGGUGGCUACUGUGCUAUUGGAGAUUAAAAAGAAAAUGAUGCUUGCAAAUUUUAAUAUAAUUAUACGCGAAUAUCCUAUGGCUUUAAAUAUCUACAAGAAAAUGAUGAACGAAUGGAGUCGGACUGCGCUGUAUGAUAUCUACAAUCAAGAGGAUGACCAAAAAUCCAUUGCCGAGUACCAUUUCCGCAAUGCACUCGAGAGCGAUAGCUUAGAGUCAAAUCUGCCUAUCAUAGCCAAUAGUUAUACACAGGGGCGAAAGCAUGUCGAGGCUGAAUUGUGUGCUGACACAGGAAAAAUAUUGAAAAUGCAAAAGAAUGUAUUAACUCCCAAAUACAGCAAGGUGCAUCAAAUCAGCUUCAAUGGUCUCUCCAUACAUGACACGAUGCUACUGUUGCUACAGAUUGGAGAGCUCAAAGAAGCGGAAAAGAUCAAAAAUGACUUCAAGGUACCAGAUAAGCGCUUUUGGUGGUUGCGCAUUAUAACCUUGUCUGAAAAAUACAAAUGGGAUGACUUGGAGAAAUUUGCAAAAAGUAAAAAAAGUCCCAUUGGUUAUGAGCCGUUUGUAGAAAUGUGUCUACAGCAAAAUAAUUUGCAUGAGGCACGCAAAUACAUUAUGAAAUGUCGGGACGAUCGGAAGGCGCAUUGGUAUUUACGUGCAGAAUUAUGGGAUGAAGCUGCGGAUAGCGCAUUUGAACAACGUGAUAUGAACACAUUAUAUGCCGUACAAAAUAAAGCAAGUGCGAAUGGUAAUCGCAUGCUAUUAGAGAAAAUCAGCUCGUAUAUUGCGCAGUUGGCUUCAAAAAAAUAAAAUCCUAUAGAUACACAAUUUUAUAUUUGUAAAUAUUAAACCAAUAACGCAAUGAUAUA